GGAGCGGCGGCGGCUCCGAGGAGGUCGGCAGCUCCCAAAGCCCAUCCUAUAAAGCUGGUAAAAGCAGAGCAGAUCUGGUCAGGUCCUGAGACGCUGCGUGAAGAGCAAUGUUGUGGAAGACAGUGCUCUUGCUGGCCCUGGUGGACCAGGUGCUGGUGCUGGAGAAUGGGCUCCUGCAGAAGCCACCUAUGGGCUGGCUGUCCUGGGAACGCUUCCGCUGCAACAUUGACUGUGAUCAGGACCCAAAGAACUGCAUCAGUGAGCGGCUGUUCAUAGAGAUGGCUGACCGGCUGGCACAGGACGGAUGGCGAGACCUGGGCUAUGUAUACCUUAACAUCGAUGACUGCUGGAUUGGUGGACGUGAUGCCAAAGGCUACCUGGUGCCUAAUCGCAAGCGCUUCCCCAAUGGCAUUGCCUUCCUGGCUGACUAUGCUCACUCCCUGGGCCUAAAGCUGGGCAUCUAUGAGGACAUAGGCAACUUCACCUGCAUGGGUUACCCAGGCACCACGCUAGACAGGGUGGUCCAGGAUGCUCAAACCUUCGCUGAGUGGAAGGUGGACAUGCUGAAGCUGGAUGGCUGCUUCUCGACCCCAGAGGAACGGGCCAAAGGGUACCCCAUGAUGGCUGCUGCCCUGAAUGCCACAGGCCGCCCCAUCGCCUUCUCCUGCAGCUGGCCAGCCUACGAAGGGGGCCUCCCCCCCAAGGUGAACUAUAGUCUGCUGUCAGAAAUCUGCAACCUCUGGCGCAACUAUGGCGAUAUCCAAGACUCCUGGAGAAGUGUGCUCUCCAUCCUGGACUGGUUUGUGGACCAUCAGGACGUACUGCAGCCAGUGGCAGGCCCUGGACACUGGAAUGAUCCAGACAUGCUGCUCAUUGGGAACUUCGGCCUCAGUUUCGAGCAAGCCCAGGCCCAGAUGGCCCUGUGGACAGUGCUGGCGGCCCCCCUCUUCAUGUCUACAGACCUGCGCACCAUCUCCGCCCAGAACAUGGACAUUCUACAGAAUUCACUCAUGAUCAAAAUCAACCAGGACCCCUUAGGCAUCCAGGGAUACAGAAUUCUCAAGCUGAAAUCCCACAUUGAAGUGUACCUGCGGCCCCUGGUCAAUGAUGCCUACGCCUUAGUCUUCUUCAGCCGCAGGACAGAUAUGCCUUAUCGCUUCCACUCUUCCCUCGCCCAGCUCAACUUCACCAGCUCCAGGUUAUAUGAGGCCCAGGAUGUCUACACGGGUGGUGUCAUCAGUGGCCUCCAGGCUGAAACCGUCUUCACAGUGAUCAUCAACCCUUCAGGAGUGGUGAUGUGGUACCUGUAUCCUGUCAGGAUGUAGGGGAUACCCCAGCAAUGAGGAGCUAAGAUGUGACAGGCUGUAGCAGCACCACUGAACCCAGACCAUGGAGCCCUCGCAUGCUGAGGGCCAGCAGGCGAGGUUCUCUGCUACCCAGGCUGCUCGGCAAUGGACCCCAUCGGACCCAAAGUGCAACCCGGACCCAAAGUACAAUCUCAGGGCCAGAUUCCACAUGCUGCCGAAGUGUGAACCCUCCUGGGAACUUGUCUUGGGUACUUUCCUGUGGCCGCCUGGCCUCUUACCUCGUCUGCACGGCCCCACAAAUGUUGCUGAACAACUCAGCCAGCCUCCUGAGCCCCCACAGGCAGGGGCACUGAUACCCAUCAGGAUUCCAGCCUCUGAUCUUUCGACUCUGAAAUCAAGAUUUGGAAUUUUUCUUAUAAUUAGGAAUGGAGAUCUGACCUCUUGUCAGGAACUUCUAUGAAUUAUGAUUGGCUUUCCUGCCCAGAGGAGGCCUUGCAGGCUGACACUGCACAGGAGUGACCUUGGCUCCAUCAGGUCACCAAUAAAGCUGUUCUUUAGUCAAA